GGCCUGGAAGGGCCGGGGCGGGGCUGGGGGCGGCCAAGCCGCCGCCUCCCGUUCUCCCCGCCGCGGUGGCGGUGGCGGCGGAGGAACAAGACACACACUGGCCCCGCUCGCGUCCCAGCCGAAGCCGAAGCUGCAGCCGGCACCGGGCUGGGGCCAUGGGCGCCCCGCGCCGCCCGGGUCAUGAGGACGGAGGCGGAGGCAGCGGGGGCGCCGCUCGAGCCGGGGGAUUUUGUGCAGCUGCCGGUGCCCAUCAUCCAGCAGCUGUACCACUGGGACUGCGGCCUGGCCUGCUCCAGGAUGGUGCUGCGGUGAGUGGGUACCUGGGCCAGCUGGACGACAGUGAGUUCGAGAGUGCCCUGCAGGAGCUGCGGCUGACCAGGAGCAUUUGGACCAUCGACCUGGCCUACCUGAUGCGCCACUUUGGCGUGAGGCACCGCUUCUGUACCCAGACCCUGGGCGUUGACAAAGGCUACAAAAACCAGUCCUUCUACAGAAAGCACUUUGACACAGAGGAGACCCGGGUAAACCAGCUGUUUGCACAAGCCAAGGCCUGCAAGGUGCUGGUGGAGAAAUGCGCCGUGAGUGUGCAGGACAUCCAGGAGCACCUGGCCCAGGGCCACGUGGCCAUUGUGCUGGUGAACUCAGGGGUGCUGCACUGUGACCUCUGCUCCAGCCCCGUCAAGUACUGCUGCUUUGCCCCCAGUGGCCACCACUGCUUCUGCCGCACCCCUGACUACCAGGGCCACUUCAUCGUGCUGCGUGGCUACAACCGGGCCACCAGCUGCAUCUUCUACAACAACCCAGCCUACGCAGACCGAAUGUGCAGCACCAGCAUCAGUAACUUCGAGGAGGCCAGAACCAGCUACGGCACAGACGAGGACAUCCUCUUUGUCUACUUGGACAGCUGACAGCAGGAGCCUGGUGUCCCCAGGCCCUCAGACCCCACCCUGCCCCGACCCUGCUGGGCCCACUCAGGUGUCCCUGGCCCAGGCUCCCACCACUGGGGCCCAGAUGUGGAACUGCAGCCUUGGCCUAUGGGACAAAGCCCCAGGGGACCCUAGGAGGCUGCGGCGCACCUGCUCUGUCCGCCAGUGCUGCGUGUGUCGUCAGGCCACUUACCCUGGGCACCUGCUGGUUGCUGGAAGCAUCCCCGGAGUGUCUGAGCAGAGCCUCCCCCAGGACCCUGAGCCUGACUCCAACUGUGCCCAGGGGACGUCCCGCCCCGCAGGUGCCCUUGUUGCCUAAGAGCCAGGGUUGGGGGAGAAGUCUGAGCCUGUCUCCCGACAGACCUGGACUGAGCCCUGGAGAGAGACGCCACUUGUCAGGACAGCAUCAGCGUGUUUGUAUCUGACCCCAGCCCUGGGGCUGUGGACUGCUCCAGGCCUCGCUGGGAACUGCCCUCACCGUCUCCCCUGGAAGUGCUGCAGACCCCCUCUGCCCUUUGGUGCCACCACCCCCUCUUGCCUCGCACUGGACCCGCGUUCCUGUGGCUGGUUGUGAGGCCUCCAGGCCCUAGGGAGGGCUGGACCUCAGGCAGAAAGGACUCUGAGGUCCGCCACGGCCCUCCAGGUACUCCAGCUGUGUAGGGUGGAGGGUCCUCAGGGGAAUAGGUGGGGCCCUGGCUCCUGCUGUCUGGCAGUGCUGAGUGUGCUCCAAGAAUGUCUGAUCCCAAGGGCCGGGAACAGCUUCCUGGGCCCCAAAGAUCCCCUCACCCACAAGGCCUCCUAACUCUAGCCUAAGUCCCGACAGUGGGGCCCGAUCUCCGAGUGUAGGAGCCCCGGGUCUCAUGGGGCUGAGCAUGCUGGGGCACUGGGGCCUGUGCUCCUGAAGCAAUGGCACAGGCGGCCUGUGGCCCCCCACCCACCCUGGUGUUCACGCCCGGACCUUUUGCACAGAAUGAUGGGUCUCUUCCAUCUUGACAGAGGAGGGAGCUGCCCGCCCAGGAUCACAUAGCAUGGCACGUAACAUGGACUAGAGCUGUUUCUUUUCUUCUUUCUUUUUUUUGGGGGGCGGGGGCAGGGGUGUUUGAUUUUUUUUUUUUUUUAGAUUUAAGUUUUCACUUUUGGGAAGUGAGAAUCACCCUCACGUAAGACAAUAAUAGUGACAUUGCAGGUACUUUGGAACCACAGACACCUCUCUUUACAGGGUAGGUAAGCCAGCCCAAGUUCUCUUACAAAGAGAAAGGAAACUCACGGCCGCUGGGAUGAGUGCCUGGGCCCCUCACCUUCCAGACAGAAUCCACCCGGUCUGGGGAGAACUCUUGAACCCAGGUCUGCACCUAAAAAAUGAGGGAAAUGGACCAUUCCCAAAGGGGCUGGGAUUCCCACCCCUCAUGGGCUGCCUCUGGCAAAGGGCAGGAUGCCCCAACAGCCACACCGCCCCUGCACUCCUGUGUCUUGGUCUUCCAGUGCCCAAGGCAUGAUGCAGUGGUGGCAGCUGCCCCUCACCCAGGCUGCAAACCACGCUCAGCCUCUGUCCCGACCUGCCGGCUCAGCCCUCCCCACCGUGGCUGCUCUGAGGAGCAGAGGAGGGCUCUGCUUACAAGGGCUGUCAGACCACCAGUCAUAUUGCUCCUCAACGCCAGGCACAGCCUUUGGCCAAGAGGGAGGCGCUGUGAGCUGGGCAGCCCCCCAGUUUCAGAGACUAGUGUUGCCUUUAGACUGGUCUCAUCUCUGUUGCCUUAAUGCUAGGUAGCCCAAGACCCCAGGGAGCUCUGGUUCUAUGCUCAGGAGUACCACACAUGGCAGCUGUGGGGUCUGGGCAUCGUCAGAAGGGGUCUGGACAAAAUCCUGGUGAGAACAGAUGUAUCAAGGAAAACAAUGAGAGGAAGUGUAGCUUUCAGGCUGGCUGAAUGUGAGCGAGGCACAGUGCACAUGCUGAUGGGGGUGUCAUGGAGAACAGCCUCCACCAAGAGUGGUCACAGCACCUCGGUCCACCAUGUAACAUGUAGAAACGCUCAGUCCCUGGGCUCAGACGGUGGCUUCUCAGGACAAGCCACAAUUAGAUGUCACCUGUCUGGAAGCUGAACAAGAAAGCUGCCUGCCAGCGAGAUGGUGCCAUCUGCCUGGGGAUGGUCAUGGAGGCAGAACACAAACCACACUAUGUUGUGUCCUUGCACAAGUCAUGAAAAUGGGGCCGGAGAAGGAGCCCGGAUGUCAGGAACUUCUGCCCACAGCAUGUGGCACCCGUGACCCCCUGUCCACAUGCUGGGGGACCAGUGCAGCCCCCGAAACCACACUGGACAGCUGGCUUUGUUCACUCUAGCCACAUGGGGACAAAAGGGAUCUUUUGCACUGCAGAGAUUUUAUACAUAAAUAUAUUUUGUUUGUAAUGAGCCAUUCUCAAUAAACAUUCUCACUGCAAAAUGA